AUGGACAAAUUGUGGGUCUGGACAGUCUAUGCGAAUACUGGAUCCGCCUCGUCUGCGUUCAAGCAGGCUCGCACAAUCGCCGAAAAGGGCCGCACGUCAGUCACGGCACAAUUCGACAAAGUCGACAAGCGUUUUCCCAUGGGCGCGCAGGGACGCACGAACUCGUCGUCGUCGGCUGGCGGUCUCGCAUCGCCCGGUCUCGCAACUGGCACAUCCUCUUCGGCUGCUCCGCCUCCUCCUCCUCCGACUCGAACAGGCGGACCGCCUCCUCCGCCAGGACGGGCGCGCGCGCCGAGUGCGGCGUCAAGCUCAGCCGGUUUCGCCGCAGCAAGCGCAGGAACGGCUGUCGGCGGAGGAAGGGGCCUCUUCAGCGGGAUGGACGAGCACGAGAAGCAGGCGUUCUUCAGCCUCCUCGACGAGUACUUCAGCUCGCGACCGCAAUUUGCGGGAAUGUUUGGCGGCGAAGCCGGCUUGGGAGCGCCACCUCCCUUCUCGCCAACUUCCGCCGCCCCUCCUCCUCCUCCCGCCGCAUCUCGCCCACCUCCGCCAGCAGCACGCGGUAUAGGCCAUGCCAUCGCACUAUACGACUACGCCGGUGGGCAGCCUGAAGACCUUGCCUUCAACGAGAACGACCGGAUUACGGUGCUCGAGGUUGUUGACGACGACUGGCUCAAGGGCGAGCUCAACGGCCGCGUCGGCAUUUUCCCGAAGUCGUACACACAAAUGCAGGGGUGA